UCCGUUUUGUUGACAAAUAUUUUCAAAGAGCAAUUUUCCUCAAAAAAUCUUUCGUUACAUUUAGUGUUUCCGCAAUGGCUGUUGUACUUCGAAACUUGUUAAAAUUGAACAAAUCAGCAUCUUAUUGCCCCAUCAUUGCACGUCAAUUCGCAUCAAAAUCAGAAAAUGGUGAAAAUGGCAAAGAAGCAAAAGCCGAAAAAGAAGAAGAAAAAAUUCCUGAAAAUAUUUUAGUCGAGAAAAGUGAUGUUGUAACGUUAAUUGGGAUUAACAGACCUCAAAAAAGGAAUUGUGUGGAUUCUUUAACGUCGAGUCAAUUGAUAAAAGCAAUUACUGACUUUGAAGCUGAUGAAAAAUCCCCGGUUGGUGUUUUGUACGGCAUUGGAGGCACAUUUUGUGCGGGAUAUGAUCUUGCUGAAGCAGCUAAAGGCGGAGCAGAAUCCAUUAUUACCAAUACUGAUGGGGCAAUGGGACCUACUCGAUUGAUUACAAAAAAACCUCUUAUCGCAGCAAUUAAUGGAUAUUGUGUCGGCGGCGGCUUAGAACUUGCUUUAAUGUGUGAUUUGCGUGUCGUUGAAGAAAAUUCGAUUCUCGGGUUUUUCAAUCGUCGUUUUGGAGUUCCUUUAGUUGAUGGCGGAUGUGCUCGUUUAGCUCAUUUAAUUGGAUUGUCGCGCGCAUUAGAUUUGGUCUUAACAGGACGACAAGUAACGGCACAAGAAGCUGCAGAAAUUGGUUUAGCAAAUCGUGUUGUUGCAAUUGGAGCUUCUUUGGGUCAAGCUGUGAAUUUGGCGAAUUGUAUUGCAAAAUUCCCGCAAGAAGGCGUAAAACACGAUCGAGAUGCUUUGUAUUAUUCAUGUUAUGAUAGUCCGAAUUUCCAAACAUCCGUUAAUUAUGAAGUUAUGACAUGCACAAAGGAGUUAUUUGACGAAGCAACCGCUGGCUCGGGCAAAUUUAUUGAAGAAGGAAUCGGAAAGGGAGGAAAAUUUCAUGAUGUUCGUGAAAAAGAUUUGCCGGAAUGGGAAAGAGAGGAGAUUCAAAGAGAAAAUAAGGCAAAAGAGGAAGCGGCAACGGAGAAAAAGGAAUAAAAAAAUGUUUAGUUUAGUUUUAAAUAUUAUCUAGUCGAUAAAUUGCGCAGAUUUCUUUAACAAAUAGUCAUUUUUUUUCAUUUUCCAUUUAUUUUUUAAGGCUUUCCAUCAAAAUCCAUCGAAAAUUUAUGGACCUCAACCCCUAUCAAUCUUACGAUACCGUGAAUGAAUGGCUUCUUUUAUUAAUUUUAUUAAUUUUUUUUUUUGCAAAAAAAUUUCAUAAAAAUCGAAAAA